GCUGAAAGCUGCAUGUGUACCUGCGCUGCUGCUUCGGCGAGCUGUGCGGAGUGUUUGAUGGAGUGGACUGGGCAGAGGAGGAUUUCUCUUCUCUGGCCUCCAGGGUUUGGAUCUGCAGCUUCUACACAACAACACAGAGAUGAAUGAUGCCAUCGGCUUCGACAUUCCCUGGGUCUACUUUGUUUCCUUAGUCAUUUUCAGAUCAUUUUUCAUCAUCAACCUUGUAUUGGGUAUGUUGAGCGGCGAGUUCUCCAAAGAAAGAGAGAAGGCUGUUGCACGUGGAGAGCUGCAGAAAGCUCAGGAGAGCAAGCUGAUGGAGGAGGAUAUGAUUGGAUACAUGGACUGGCUUAUCGAAGCCGAGGAUGUGGACGAAGAAGGAAACAAACAUAAAGUGUUUAAAAUGUUUCUAUGGAAGAGGGCUGGUGCCACUAAAAAGAAAAAAAAAAAGAAUUCUGAAAAAGUGCAGGUUUACAAAUCAUAUGACAAGGAAGAAACAGCUAUAUGAUUAUUUUCACAUACUAACAAUAUAACUGACACAAACCUAAGAAUGUUUGAUUAUUUAUUUUGAUUUUGACAUAGAUUAACAACAAAAUAAAAAUUUUGAGAUUAAUUAAAUUAAGAAUUCUUAAGGAAAAAUAAAAGUCAGUUUAAAGUCUAUACUCUAUAAUAGAAGUGAAAAAAGUCAGAAUUUUUAUUUAAAAAAGGUAAUUUAGAGGAAAAAUAGUCCGAAUUAUGAGAAAAAGGUGCUUGUUUUGAGGAAAAAGUCAAAAUUCUGGGAUCAAAGUCAGAAUUUAAUAUUUUUUUUGGUGGCCCUAAUCUUCUUUUGUAGUUUUCCCACCAAACACACACCUUAUUGAAUUUCAGUGUCCCAUGAAAAAAAUCUUUUUUACAUUUCUGAAGGUGCUGCAAUUGCAAAGAAAAAGAUGAUGAAGAAAUUUGGUUGGUACAAACACAGCGAGGACGGAGGAGAGUCGGACUCUGACGAUGACAUUGCUUAUCUCGAUGAUGAUAGUGGCUUCUGUGCUUCACUCAUGGCAAAGAUGAUGGCUAACAGCUUCUGUGACCAGUUGUGCCAGCUGAACCACACGAUGAGAAAAAAACUGCCGCGUUGCAGUGAAGACCACUAACUUCUACUGGUUGGUGUUGCUGCUGGUGUUCCUCAACACGGUGGCCAGCGCCUCGGAGCAUUACGGACAGCCAAAAUGGCUCACAGAAAUGCAGGUUGGUAUUGGAAACACUGCUGCCUUGGAGCAAGAAGGUCUGGUGUUUGAAUCUCGACAUGGGGUCAGUCUGGAUAGAGUUCGCAUGUGCUCCCUGUGCGUAAAAGGGUUCUCGGUCCCGAUUAUUGCUCUGUCGCAGAACCAGCUGGCCUGGACAUGGCAAUAAAUGAAAACGAGAAAUUAAAAGAAGAAAUAAAAGCCCUAAUAAACCAGAUUGAAGAACUGAAAAUCCAAUCUACCUUUGGAUUACAAAGGUUCGCAGGGUCUGAUGAUGACAUCUGAUUUUACACAAGAGGUAUCCCUUGCAACCCAUUGAUGAACUGUUGCUGUUCCAGAUGUGCCUGGCUGCAGGUCUUAAGGAGAGAGACAUAGCAAACCAGUUUAAUAUUUACCCUUCUACAGUAAGCUGCAUUAUUUGUUCAUGGACCAAUUAUUUGUACACUCUUUUGGGUUCUCUAUGUAUCUGGAUUGAAACAGAGGACAUCCGAGCUCAGCUCCCUGAUGACUUCGAAGAUUUUCCUGAUAUUCAAGUAAUAGUAGAUUGUACUGAGCUCAAAUGUCAAACUCCUGCUUCUCCUCUCCUCCAAAGUGAGAUGUUCUUCAAAUACAAAUCUCACUGCACAAUGAAAGGUCUGAUCGGAAUAGCUCCCCAUGGUACAGUGACCUUUGUUUCUUCACUCUAUGAGGGGUCAAUAAGAGUGUUUAUGAGGUCAGGAUUGGCUAAUCUUCUUACUGAGGACAUGGCCAUAAUGGUAGAUAAAGGAUUCCUCAUCUCUGAGUGUGUGAAGUGCAAGGUAUACUGUCCACAUUUUCUCAGCAAAAAAAGGCAGAUGCCAGCUCCAAAUGUCCUCCAGACACAGAAAAUCGCACGUCUGUGAUUGCACAUUGAGCGGGUAAUUCGAAGAGUUAAAGAAAACAAACUCUUUAAUUCAAUUAUCCCUUUAUCUAUUGUUGGCACUAUUAAUGAACUUUUUGCAGUGGCUUGCCUGCAUGGGCUAAAUAAAGUGAACGAAUGUGUAGUUCACUUUAGGUGUUUCCCAACCCUUGUCCUAAAGGCACAUUGCCCUGAUUGCAGUUCAACAAAUGCCUGUUAUUCAUCAAAAUCAGAAAAUCAGCAAGCAGACGAUAAAUUGGAGAAACAACUAAAACAUUUAGUAACACUUUAUUUGACGGGUUGUGCAUAAGACUGACAUAACAUCUGUCAUAAACAUGAAGGAGUCUUUAUGAAUGUCUAUUAAUAUUGUCAUGAAGGGUCAUUUGGUAAAUAAUGACACUUUAAUACAAAGAUUAUCAGGAAGUUGCAUUGAAAGUCCAUCAAAAGUGCCAACUUUUUAUUGAAGUGUUACAAAAUAAUACAAAGUCGGAUUCCUUAUGAACCGGUGUUUGUCUCCACCUGGUGGCUGAAUCAGAUUAUGCAUAUUUGUUUUUCAUUUCCACUGAAAUUUGCAGCUUCUGUUUAUGGCUUUUAAAAUGAGUUCGUAAUUUUACCUUUGGGCUUGAAGGAAACAGCGUGAACUAAAGUAGCAUACAUGUAAGAGGAAAUGUGCCUAGCCAUUGUUGCAUGGUUUUUUAUUAGUUUUUUUUUUUUUUUUUUUUUUUCCUUUUAGUAAUGCGAAGGUAAAUGUAAUACUCUUCACAAAGAGUGUUUCAGGGCGUUGCCAAUAAUUAGGCCGACAUGCCUGAAGUUGUGUGCUGGGUUCCACAUCAAAAAUGUGUCUCUGAGCCCUCCCGCUUUCCCUACAAUUUGUAUUCAGAGCAGCAGAGCUCCUCCCUCAUGUUUCAGGUUAUCCUUAUCAAACAAGUCACUCCUCCAACCGGACUUUCCUACCCAGUCUUCCUAGCUGAGGAGGAAAUCAGUCGGUGGCGAAUCACCAGUUUGCAGACAGAGAAACCCCAAGGAGGAGCUCUUUAAUUGCGUGUUUUUUUGUUUUUGUUUUGUUGUUGUUUUGUUUUUCCUCACUUCGUGGACUCUCCCAAACUUUUUUUUUUUUUUUGCUGCAGCUUCGGUUGUUUUCCUUUCGGUCUGAACUGCUCUGCUCCAAUGUUUUGAGUCAACAUGUCUCACCACACGACCCAGAAGUUUCAAACGUACAAAACGAUGACUUCCGAGCCGGUUGUCCAGUCGACCCAGAAGUUUCACACUUACAAAACGGUGAAUUCCGAGCCGGUUGUCCAGUCGACCCAGAAGUUUCACACUUACAAAACGGUGACUUCCGAGCCGGUUCUCCACACGACGCAGAAGAUUCAAACGUACAAAACGAUGACAUCUGAGCCGGUGACCACGCAGGUGCUCUCGACCAGGUCGAUGUCACCGGCGUCUUCGCUCCCACAGGUCUCCCCGGUGUCUCCGGUUUCACCGGUUUCACCAAUACAGUUGUCUUCGGUCUCUAAUGUGACUACGCUGCCGGUUACCGCGAUGAACGGAUCCUACGGGACGAUGAGGUACCUGGUUCCGGUGCAGCAGGCCAUGCCCCAGCAGAACUAUAUGGUGAUGCAGCAACCCGUGAUGCAGCAGGCCGUGAUGCAGCAGGCCAUGUUGCAGCCCAUGGUGCAGUCGAUGAUGCAGCCGAUGUACCUGCAGACUUUGCCCCGUUUGAGCAACAGCAGCAACCAUGGGACUGAAAUUAUCUACCAGCAGCAGCAGCAGCAACAGAAUUUUAUUACUGAGACCGACGCUCAAAGCAGCCAUUCAGUGUUCAGCCAGGCGUCCAGUCCCAACAAGAGCGAAGCAAGCAUGCAGGAGGUGGAGGUGGAGGAGGAGGAGGAGGAGGAGGAGGAGGACGAUGUGAAAGUCGAAUUGGAAGUGGCCGAGGACGAGGAGGAAGAGGAUUACCAAGCUAGUUCUGCAGUGGUUGAAGAAGUGGAGAUUGUCAACAUCAUUCAGCAGAAAGCUCCGUCAAUGAAGCAGAAAUUCUCCGUAUCAGAGCAGAGAGAGACGCCGGAGCCAACGAAGCUGGACACGCGUUACUUUGGCGAACUGCUGGCAGAUGUCUACAGGAAGAACUGUGAUAUCCACUCCUACAUCUACGAUAACGUGUCCAAGAUCGGUGGACAGAAACACGCUCUGAAUCUGUCCAGUGACCUAAAGGGGGAGAAACAGGAGGUGGAGUCUCUGAUUCCGAAAGGAGCCAAUGAACUGACCAAGCAGCAGAUGCGCUACCUGCUGGAGACUCGUUUCACUGCAGAGAAGAGCAUGCGUCUGCUGCUCUCCACCUUCAGCAGCCUGAGAGAGGAGCUGAUGCAGAUGUCUGAGGACAUGCGGCAUCUGGAGAGCGAGAAGGAGUCUUUGGAAAGAGAUCUGGCUUUCAAAGCAGACCAGGCUCUGCAGUAUGAAUCCCUCAUAGAGAACGUCAGAGAGAGCAACAACAAGCUGCAGCUGUCCCUGAAGGAAGCCCAAGCGUCCCAGCGUUCCCUGGAGAGUCAGCUCUCCACUUGCCGAAGCAGCGACUCUGUCGGCAACUUCAAGAUCAAAGAGCUGGAGGGAAGAAUGAGAGGACUGGAGAAGGAGAACGAGAUGCUCAAACAGAAGCUGGCUGGACAGUCCAGCAACGACAGCCUGCACGUCAAAGCAGAGGCGCUGGCGCAGCACUACAAGCAGGAGCUGGAGACCCUGAAAACAGAAAGAGACAUGGAGAUGGAGAAACUGAAGUCUCAGAUAUCGAAGUUGCAGAUGCAGAUCACCACGACCACCACUACCACCAAAUCCUCAUCCGCAGAGAGCUCUCUCCAGCUGAAGAUCUCAGAGCUGCUGUCCAAGUUGGAGCAGCGGGAGAUCACCAUCAAGCAAAAAGAGGAGGAGAUCAGAAGACUGUUGAUGGAGAGAAAUGACAGCUCCAAGAACGUCACCAAGACAAUUAUCACCAAGAGGUACAGGAACCAGUACCCGAUCCUUGGUCUGCUUAGCGACGACUACCAGUCCACUUCACUUAAAGAGGCCAAAACCAUCGUCAUCGAGAGAACCGGAGAGAUGAUCAAACAGGAAAUCAUUACUACUCCUUAAAGACACACUGCUUCUCUCCGACAGGAAUGAUUGAACGUGGAGAAGACCCUGAUGUUACCCUUCCUCCCCUCUGUGCAUGCUCCUCCCCCUCCCCUCAGGCCUCCCAGGAUUGGUGGUGGUUGAAACCCCUCCCUUUCUCCCCCCUGGACCACUAAGAUCUGGUUCUGGGAUUCAGUCAAAUCCAGUUUGGAUGAGAUUAAAAUAGUUAGGCUUUCUUUGGCUUCUAUUAUGUUUUAUUUUCAACUUUUACCUCUGUAAAAGUUGCAUAAUGCCACUACAAAUAUCCGUUGACCCAGGUUUGGUUAAAAAAGCAUGAUGGCUGGGAACUGGGUGACAUUUGGUUUGUACGGAGCCCCCUAGGGCAGUGGUCCCCAACCACCGGGCCGCGGACCGGUACCGGUCCGUGGACCAAUUGGUACCGGGCCGCGCAAGAAAUAAUUAAAUAUGUCCGUUCUAUGUAUUGAGUAUGGAGGAGCUUUUAUUUUGAAAAUCGUACACCGGAUGCCGAGGUUUGAGUCAUGCGCCAGCUCACAACGCGCGCACCCAACCCCAUCCCCCCUUCCGGUUGGAUCUUCACAACGCACGCACGAACAGUUGCGCCUCAACAUCUUGCUCAUUCUGGUCAUACAGUUGAGUUAAGUAGAAAACCAAAGGGUCAACUCAGCUCACAGCUGUCUAAAAUGCAAAUGAACUUCUCACUAAGCCACCACUGCCGUGCUUUGCCCAGGGGACGAGGAAGUGGAUGCUUCGUUUUGAUUGCUUGCUGCAUGUAAAUAUUCACAUGUGUUUGUACGAUGAUGGGCAUGCUCAGUGAAUGUGUUGAUUGUGGAGCAUCCCAUCUUAAAUGUGGUUUUAAACGUAAAUGUUCUCAUGGGUGUUUUUCCUUUUGUUUUGUUCUGUGUGGUAGUUUAUUUUAACCCUGUUUUAUGUUGAGGUUUUUAUGCGAGUCGAAGGUGCAUGGGUCCUCAUGCAGCUUCGACGUGGUCCGUGUUUGUACAUCACUGUGGGGCCUGGGUGUGUAAUGUCCAGCAUCCAUGAGGGGGGGGAACGAGACCCCCAUGGAUGGGAACUAAUGAUGUGGGUGAACGUUGGGAUGUGUGGAAAUGGGGGCAUGAAUUUUUAUUUUUGGGGGUUUGGGGGGUGGGAUGGUGGAAGAAAGUAUUUUAAAGUACAAUAUUAUAUAAUCUGUAAACUAAUAUUUGCUGGUUUUCAUGAUGAUUUUAUGCGUUUUGUUUUUCUAAUUAAGCAUGUCAUAUUGAAGGCUUUGUGUCCACCAGGUGGCAGUCUCAUUCCUCUGCUGAUUUCUAAUGGCGUUAUGAAAUAUUACUGAAGCUGAUGCUGAAGGCAUAUUUUUUUUUCCAUCAAUAAGAAUUCACUUCUGAUUUUUUUUUUUCACGUUGUAUACAUAACAACGUGUCUAAACAAAACUUUCCACACAAUCAGUCCCAGCAUUAUAUCAAAACGUACAGGGAUCCUGUGAAACACGGGUUGUAAUCAUUGUUUUCUAUCUCAUCAUCUCCUGCUGUAUAAUUCUAUAAUAAAAUUAUAAUUAUAAACAUUGUAUAAAACAACAAAUCUUCUAAACUACAUUUAUUUUUAAAAUGUUCUAUUAACACCUAUAUUUUUCAGUCCUUGCAUUUUCACAGCUUUUCAUUUCUAAACACAGUGGGCACUUGAAAUACACAAAUUUUGUCAGACCUCUUAAUUUUGUUGUUUGCCAGGUUUUGUUUUGCAGAUACAUUUUCUAUACUAUAAGAAUUUUAAUAUAUUAUAUUUUUAUACCUCAUUAUGUGUCAGUUUUACCUAUUUUUAUUUGGUCUCUGCCAAAAAACUGUAAAUAGCUGUUGGUUGGAACAGAAUAACCUCAAAAGUUUUCUUGAGGAAUGAUAAAAAUAAUUCUACACUUGUGAAAUAGUUGAACAGUAAAUAAUACUAAUAACAGACAGAAAGCAAAUACCAUCAGAAAGUGUCUAUAUUUCUCAGAAGUCAAAGUUUAUUUAAUAUCAAUGAAAAAGAUAUAAUAAUAUAAUACUGAAAGAUUGUUACUGAAAUUAUCAAUGAUUAACUGAAUGGGACUAGAAAUUGAACAUUCAAUAUACAAAUAUAUAAACAGAAUAAAACCUAAGAAUCAGAAUCAUGGGAUUCUCAGAAACCUGAAGUAAAGACUUUAUUGCCAAUUUCUGAUUUUAAUAACUAACUUUAACCUGAAAUUGAAUAGGACUUUAGGAAAUGAAAUGUUUUCAGACCCACUUUGGAUUCACUCAACUUCUUGAGUCUCAAGAUAGAACCUGUGUGCCUCGGAAUCUGCUUUGACUAGACCAGUGGCCGGGUUGAUCUGGAAAAAAAUUUACAUGGGUAGAAAUCUUUAUAAAAAUACUUCAGGUAACAAAAGUUUCUUUAUUCCUGGUCUGAAUAAAUAUGGAAAAAAAUAAUCAAUUUGUCUUUCCAGACUACAUUUAUUAAUGCUUUUUGAAAUAUGGAAUCAUUACUUUUAAUUAAGUCAUGUAUGUUGAAAACAGACAUUCAAGUAUCAGAUUAUGUACUAAACCACUUACCUUUUCUACAAACAUUAUUAAAAGAAGACUUACCCAACGGACACAAAGCCUUUCAACAGAUUUGGACCUCAUGGGAAUCUAGUACUGAAUGUGCUAGCCAUGUUGGUGAACUAAUGUUAGGCUAGCAUUAAUGCCAGCCCUGAUUGGUGGAGAAAAUCUCAACAUAAUCAAAACUUUUACUUUCAAGUGGGUUAACAGAAAAGUCCACUUCCAUGUUAUACAGUAAUCUUUUAGAAGAUAAAAUCCUGCCUCUGAUUUUUUUUCUGCUUACUGUACGCUCAACUAAGCUAGCUGGACUUAGCUAAUAUGCUAACAGAGUACUUUUUUUUUUUUUUUUUU